AGAGAGAGGGAGCGAGGGAGACUGGAGAGAGAGAGCGAGAGAGCGAGUGGAAGGCUGAGUCCCAGCCAGAUGGUUCAACAUUCAUGCCCCAUCACUGUUUACUCCCAGUCUUCGUGUCAACAGCGUGGGCUGCCUUCAGAGAGGCGUGCUGCCACUAGCCCUGUCUCAGAGCAGGUCUUCCCUGUUGGUGUCCCCCUCCUUUGGCUCUAUUGGCUGAGGCUGCCCAUAGCGCUGGUCUAAUACAGCAAGGCACAGGACAGCUAGCUUGGUCCUAGAUCUUUUUGUGCUGUCUUGCCAACGGUCAUUGACACUGAUCAGAGAAGUUAGCAAGAUGGCACAAACUGAUCUGGGACCAGGCUAAAGGACAGCCACCGAGGUCUAUAUCCUUUUCCUUUGUUAUUAUUUCAAAGUGAGGAAGAAUUGUGCCCCCCCCCCAAUCUAAACUAUCAUGCUGACAAUAGUAGUGUUCUUUCAAAUACUUUUCUCUCAUACCUAGCAUUUUGUACCCCGACCAUUGUGUUGUUUGGGAUUCCAAUCAUGUGUGAGAAUGAGAGAGGAGGCCGGGUGAUUAUGAGAAUGGGCGGGGGGGGGGUUGGACAGAGGGUGUGAAUGUGAACCCCUCUCUUCCUGACCAUGACGGUGAGAAUGGCGAGACUAUAGUGUUGACUGUGAGUGUUUGAAGAGGAGUCAGCCCAGAGAGAGGGAAUGGGAGGGGGAUUGACUGUUACUCCAUUCUUGUGAUCCUCUUUAACUCCUGAAUGCUGAUGAAUCAGAUCGGAAUGGCACGCACGGGGAAUUUACACUCUGUUUUCAAAGGGAGGGGUGCCGGGCUGGGAUAUCGUGAACAAACGGGUCCUUUUUUUCUUGUUGUUGCUCCACACUGGAGCGCAUGAAGUGAGUCCCGAAAUUGGGUCAGCUUAGCUCACGUGUGGAGAGUCAGUAGUUAGGCUUUCCCCCGCGCCACGGUUCCUCCGCUCGGCCUGGAAAAACACCAGGAGUCUGAGCCUGGCAACAGACUGCAAGCCACCACGCUGUGGUUAUGGCACACACAGUCCUCCUCACACACAAACACACAUUCUGAUUACUCUGACACGGGAGGAACUGCUCCGUAGACGUACGUGUGUGUGUGUGUGUGUGUGUGUGUGUGUUACUGCCACAUGCAAAUCAGGCACUAUUCAAAGCACUCAUGUCAGUACGCUGAACACACACACACACACACAAUCUGCUCAGCAGGUCUGCCUCACAUGAUCUUACAAACGUGACUGUAUGCCUUAGCUACAAACAAAUUCCGUUGUCGCUUUUAGAAAUGGGCUGUUGUGCGUUUAGCGUUUUUAUUGAGGGACGUUUGAAUUAACGUGCAUUUCGUCAGUGUGCAGAGACGUGUAGCCUCUUGCUUCUAUGCAGACCUUGUUGAUCAGUAGGCUAAUAAGUCCGCAAACGGUUUGUUUGUCAUCUGUGGACUCCACUGGUUUAGCCAAAACGAGCUAAAAAAGAGUCAAUGCCGUCACACACUCCUAUUGAAUAAACGUUCAGUUGAAUAGGUCCAAGUCAUCUUCAUUUACCCAGUUCAUCAAGAGACGUACCACUCAAAUAAAGUAUUAUCGUUGUGUUAUGUAGUUAGAUUGGUCAAAACAAAAGUCACAUUUAUUGUUUGCAAUGGCCUAAAAUAUCGGCCGUCCGCCUCCUUGACCCCCCAAAAAAAUCGGUGUUGGCGUCGGCCCUAAAAAAAAAUCUAUAUUGGUCGUUCUCUACCUUCCAGCGCUACCGCUGUCCGGACAACAGCCAGAGUGUGGUCAAGACAUCUGCUGCAACAUCUUUAGUGUGUCAGCUCUGCUGCACCUGGGAGCUGAAGGACGCAUGGGUCUGAACUUUCAUCACCCCGGAGCAGAUCACAUCAUGCCGUUGAACACCAGGAGCUAUGGCCGCAGAAGAGGUCGCUCUUCACUCUUUCCGUUCGAGGACGGUUUCCUGGACGACGGGCACGGUGACCCCUCUCUGACCCCGGGGUUGAACUCGCCCACGCGCUGUCAAAACGGAGAGAGAAUGGAGCGCUACUCCAGGAAGGUGUUUGUCGGAGGCCUUCCUCCUGACAUAGAUGAAGAUGAGAUCACCAACAGCUUCCGUCGCUAUGGACACCUGGUGGUGGAUUGGCCCCACAAAGCCGAGAGCAAGUCCUACUUCCCACCUAAAGGCUAUGCCUUCUUGCUGUUCCAAGAGGAGACCUCUGUCCAGGCCCUGAUUGACGCCUGCAUCGAGGAGGACGGGAAGCUUUACCUUUGUGUCUCCAGCCCCACUAUCAAGGACAAACCAGUCCAAAUCCGCCCCUGGAACCUGAGUGACAGUGACUUUGUGAUGGAUGGCUCCCAACCGCUGGACCCCCGCAAGACUAUAUUUGUGGGGGGCGUGCCCCGGCCUCUACGUGCAGUGGAACUAGCUAUGAUCAUGGACAGGCUGUAUGGGGGUGUGUGCUACGCCGGCAUUGACACUGACCCGGAGCUCAAGUACCCCAAGGGGGCGGGCCGUGUGGCCUUCUCCAAUCAGCAGAGCUACAUCGCCGCCAUCAGCGCCCGAUUUGUUCAGUUGCAGCACAACGACAUUGACAAACGGGUGGAGGUGAAGCCGUACGUCCUGGACGAUCAGAUGUGUGACGAGUGCCAGGGGGCGCGCUGUGGGGGGAAGUUUGCCCCCUUCUUCUGUGCCAACGUCACCUGCCUGCAGUACUACUGUGAGUACUGCUGGGCCAGUAUCCACUCCCGGGCGGGCCGAGAGUUCCACAAGCCACUGGUGAAGGAGGGGGGCGACCGCCCUCGACACGUGUCCUUCCGCUGGAGCUGAGGGGGUCGAAAUAAGCCCUGCCCCGCCCCCGACAGCCCCUCAACCCCCUUAACCGGGACAGCGCUACACCCCCCCCCGCUCUGCACCCCCUCAACAUCAGUGAAGAGGAUAACUACAAAUACAUGGGUCUUUCUUUUUCAAACUACACCGCUUGAUUACGAACUCAUUGUCCAGUGUACCCUUAUGAUGACAAUAGGGUGAGAAAAAAAAAUGAAUUGCAAAAGUCUAUCUGCUUAGAAUUUGCACUUUGGCUCAAAACUCACUAAACACACAUGGGAUGUUAGCAAAAACCAUGUGUUCAAGUCCCCUGUUCCAUGACUUGGUGGGUCAGAGUCUCCUGAUUAUACAGUUACAGUACAUAUAUAUUUAAAAAGUAUAUAUAUAUAUUUUUGUUUUAAAUAUAUCUAUCUAACAUAUAAAGAUAAUUAAAUUCUAUGGGAAAGGAGCAUGCACUUAUUUAAAAAAAGGUUUUAGGAUAUCGCCCCUUUAUAUUACCAAAGGCAAAAAUGAAAUCCAUGCAUUCAGAAAAACGAAAUAGGUGGCAUAAGAUGUAGCAAGACUAAACAAUUAUCCAGUAGUCUGGGCCAUAGAAGCCCAGAUGUAAAAAAUCGAAUAAAAACAUGGCUAUAUUUGCUCUCCAUUUUGACUCUGAAAAUAGUCAAAUGAAUACCUCAUAAGACGCAAUCAGAUUUUGUUUUGCUUUUGAUUUUGUAGGUCUUUCUUUUUUUUAGGACUUUAUUUUCUAGAGUUAUGUUGAUGUAAUGCUGCAAUAGCUUUUGCUGCUGAAUAGUACUUUAUUCAGGCUAGGGUGUUAUAACUAUGAUGGCACCUGGUGUUAAGGAUGAUGACAGGCUAUCAUAGGGAGAGGGGCAUCCCUUAUGAUGCCUAGUAUGAUGUGGGGUAAAGGGGGGGGGGGGGGGCUCGCCCCUAACUGCAUGUUCUUUUCAAUCAGGUUGCUGCAUGCAAUAGAAUUUCAGUCUCAUGUCUACUAUUCAAUUCUGCCCAUGUUUGCACAACACCAAUAUAGAUGUACGUACAACUAGCAUGAAACUGGACUCAACAGGGAAGACAGACUGGUAAAAGAAUCUAACACCCCCAGUGAGAAGUUAACAGCCACAGGGGCAGUAUGAGCAGACUGCUCCUGCACAAGGUGGCUAACAUAACCAGUUGACGAAACCUUAAUAUUAAUCCUGAAUCCAAGUAGAUGUAGGAUAUAUCAUUUAAAACUGUCUAUGAUAGGUGAAGUACUUUUUUUUUUGCAGUGAUUGUUAAUAUAAUUGUGCAAUUUUUAAAAAAUUCCGUACGUAGUUGGGUCUGAGUAUGCCUAUAGAACUGUGAUUUCGCUUUAAGUGUUGUUAACGUCCGACAUAGAAGUCCUGUGAAACUUCAUGAACUAGUGUAUGCACACAUGUAUAUACGUUCUCUCGUACACACACACACACACACACACACACAGAUGGUUCUCUUUCUCUUAAACGUACAUACAUGUACAUAUACAGACCUAGUACGCACACGAACUUUGACCCAAAUACACAGAACAUAUGACACGCAGACUAAAGUGAGCUUGAAUCUGAGAAACACAGAACUGCUGUCUGUACUGUUGACAGGGUCACGUCCCCCCCCCCCAAAAAAACCAAAGAGCUCACAUAUGUUUGACGUAAACCACCAACACAUACGGAGACCACAGAUGAUACUGUGCGAAGCAUCAAGCGCUGUGCCUGUGGGUUUAAAGGUGCAAGUUAGAAACAUUUGUACUGUUGUGGUGACAAGGCAUACGAGACAGUGAUGAGAAGACAGACAGAACAUUGAAGCUACUGGAGACUUGUGGUUUAGUAAACUUGAGCUCCUUCUCAGCCUGCACAUAAAGUUCUCUGGCUACGGGGUUGUAAUAACAUUGCCAGAACAUUGUGUGCUAGCUGGGAUUUACCAUAUUUAUCCAGAUUUUCCUGCAAAGCUUGAAGUAGAAUAAUGACCUGCUAAAAUGGUGGAUUUUUUUUAUUUUUUAUUUUUUAUCAAAAGGCUACGGUAUUGGGUGCAGAUGAAUAGGAUGGGUGGGGUGGGAGGUAUUGGGAGCAGUUGAAUAGGAUGGGUGGGGUGGGAGGUAUUGGGUGCAGUUGAAUAGGAUGGGUGGGGUGGGAGGUAUUGGGUAGUUAUAAAUGCAGGACAAAUAAACAAAGUAUUGGCUGCUGGGGUUGGUUUGGGUUUGAGCGGUGGAGUUUGGGGCUAAGUUACACUGGUUUUUAGCAGUUUUGUGGACAAUCCAGUCUGGAUCCUACAACAUUGCAAGUUGAUGUGUCGUCUCCUUUUCUGUGUGUUGCGAUUGUCCCGUGCUGGCACCCCGCCGUCCUCUCUCGGUUGUAGUCGCAAAACGGUUUGCUUUAGGACAAACCAUUUUGUUUGUUUGUUGUAAAAGUAAACUAAUCUAAACCGAAGAUACUUUUUUAUUGAUAGAAAUGUCUACAACAACAAAAAGAGGCAAACCAUGAGUAAUAAUAAGUCUCCCUAUUUAAGUGAAUUCUGGGUGUUUUUGUGAGAUGUCUUUCCCCCGCCCACAUGGGUUUUCUAUGUUUGUUCCUUCUCUAUAAUAGACGUGUUAUGCACUACUCUUUGUAUCUGGACAGUUUAACAGUCAGCAAUUGUUUUUGUUGGGAGAGAAAAAAAAAGGUGUGCUUUCUGACUGACAUGAUCUUUUGCAAUACCUCAAUUUUGAAAUAUAUUAGGAGAGAAAUUGAUAUUUUCUAAGUAGGUUUAUUCAAAUAAAAAAAUAUAUAUUAAUUUAAUUCUGCCAGAGAUGAUUUAACAGGUGGUUGAUUUUAUUUUUGUCAUGCUUAUUUGCUUUUAUUUUAAAUUUUAUUUUUUGAAAAAAAAUAAACAACUGAAGGAGCUAGAGCUUUAUAACUUUAAUAUAAUGACGUAGUUAGCUGAAGUACAGAGUCUACCUUAUUACAGAGGAGGAUAGAGUGAGUUUCCCACUGGUCUUAUACCCGUGGAAGCACGGCGUCACCAAGACAAACAUAACAUGAGUGGUAGUGUUCCAAGGAAAACAUUAGUCCUAAAAAAAAAAAUGUUGUUCAAUAUAAAUAAAAGUCUAUCAGGUGAACUGAAGAUACUUCCCUUAUUUUGUAUAUUUAUAAUCAGUCAUUUACUAUGCUGACCAGAAUUGUGAAAGAGAUCUUCUGUUCAUGUUAUUUUUUAAGAACUUUUUUAUGUUUCCUAAAAGUAUGUGUUUCAUUUUGUUUUGUAAAAGCAACACCCUGAUUUUGUUAGCCUGAGAUUGUUUAAAAAAAGAGACUUUAAGCAGAUGAGGUGGAGAGAAAGGAAUGUUCUUUUUUUAUUAUUACUAAGAGAUACAAGUGUUUCAACUGUAACUUGUUCGAAAGCCCCCAAGGUGCAUCAAUUGACUGGUAGCCUUCUAUUCACGCAAGACUUGAAUUAGUCCCAUUUUUUUAAGGCUAAGAACCUCGAUUCUUUGUUGUAAUGUGCAAUACUGUUUGUACUGUUUGUAAAAAAAAAAAAUAAGAAAAAAGAAAAAGAGGCUAAUCUUUAUUGCAGAUUUAUUUUCAUUGCAAGCAUUGUGAUUCACUAAAAUCAUUUUCUACUGUGUAUUUACCUACUCUACAUGCUAGUACCUUCCAGUAGUAAUGUAGCCUUUGUACUGAGAAAUUUUUCAUUAUUUUUUAGAGAUUUUUGCUAAAAAAGAAAAUAAUUUAAACAUUUACGUAUUUUUAUUUCGUAUUUUCUUUACAGACUUAUUUCUCAACCAUUAAUAGUUAUUUCUGGGGGAGACUUUCAUAUCUGGUCAAUGUCAUUAAUAUUAUUUUAUAUUUUUACUUGGAAUAAAUUCAUUUUAUGAUGCUAAUUCUUUAAAAAAAAAAGUUACUUUUUUCAUUUGUUCACUUUAUUUUAUUUUUGGAAGCUGAAAAACCUUUGUAAUAUUGUUACUUAAGUGUGUAGAUUUUUGAAAUGCAAAGCUUAAUGUGUUAACUCGCUGAUGUUGCUUACAUUAGUGUGACGAUGAUUUAAGGAGAGAGAAAAAAAACUAUGACGGUUGGUAUUGUUAAGUGAUUGGCAAUGUAAAACAAAUGAACGGGCAAUAAAAUAAAAAGGCAGAACGUGGUAUGUUGUGAUGUUGUGGAAGCUGGACAAUGCUACUUACCAAUCCUACUGCUUCUGCUACUACCCCAUCUUGUAUAGUCAAUAACAUUGUAUGGCCAAGCUGUCACAACACUUCCACUGAAGUGAAACAUCACAUUAAUACCUUUAAAACGUUAGUCAUGUUACAUGACCCUCCCUUUAGUUUCAGAUGGUGGGUAAACCCCUGUAGGAACUUAGUGUCUAUGUGCACCAGUGAGAUUGUAUUUAAGAAUGAAUGUAAAUGUUAAGAUCAACUGUAUAAUUAAGUGGAGGGUGUGACUUGUUGGAAUUUAUUCACAAUAAUAGGAGGAGUCAUACAUCUAAAUCUUUGACAUGUUUUCUUUCUGUCCUCAAACCACCUAGAUUUCUUUAGUCACAGUUUAGUGUGUAUUAACUGGCCUUAGAUUUAAAUUUGAGCCAAGAUACACUUUAACAGUAUGUGGUGCGUUCUUCGGGGAUGGCAUUAAGCUGAUUUUUGCUCCAUAUGAAGUGUUGUGACAUCACUUCCUGUACUAUAGUAUUGUCAUCAAUAAGUGAAAAAAAAACACCAAUGCAAAUGCUGGUCUGAGAAUGUUAUUUCUGGCUUGCCUUUUCUACCAGUUUGUACAGGUGGUGUUAUACUAAUUAACUUAAUCUCGUACUAACCCAGUGCUUUCUCCCAAGGGUCAGUAUUAGUCAUACCACCAAGUAUUUAUUAUUACAUUUUAUUUAUUUGUUAAGCAAAUACUAUACCCUGACAAUAUUAAACAACUAUGUGCAACUGAAAGGGACAGUUUGGCUAAGAUGGAAAUCAUGUGUGGUGGAGGAAAUUUCAUAUAAUCCUAUAGAAAUAUACCUAUUUCAUAUAACACUAGAUUUGGAUAGUAUAUUCACUUAUGCUUCAUGGAUGUUCUCUCAGUAGGCCCUUCAUUUUGUGAUCUAAAAAAAAAAUAUUAACUUGCUCAAAAGUUUCUCAGACAAAAUCACUACUUUUAAAAGUGAAGUGUUCAUUAAUUUUUCAAAGUAUUACUUAUUUUUUUGUUUGAUUACUGGUUCUAUCUUGACGAGGCUUUGAAAUUGUUGACUUGGACCUAUGCUUGUCUGAAUUUGCAGUAUAACUGUAAUUUAAAAAACAUGGCGCUCUAUGCUGCUAAUGCUUACUACUACUGCUUCAAGUUUGUAGUUCCCACCUUUUCCCUUUUCUGUACUAAUAACAAGCAAGUCUUAUUAAAUAUAGUUGUAUGA